UCAUCUGAUUCUGCCCUUUGUAUCAGCAUGACAGACCGCAUGGAAUACACUCAACCACAGACACAGUAUAUGUAUAAUUUAUAUCACACAUUAUAAUAAAUAGGCUAAGUUCUCUGAUACGAUAAACUUAAAACUUGAUGUAAGACCUUUCAAAUUCACAGGUUUGUAGUAGAGCUCAGAAAUUGAAGUGCAACUGCUGUAUUUUUAGGUCUAUUUUUAAAACAGGUUUUAUAUCUCAUUGUGUCUGAUUUUUAAAAAUUAGGGCUUUAUAUGAAAAUAAUUAUGCUAAUUCUUGGUAUGAAUGUGAUACUAUCAGGAGGAACAUACACAUAUUAAAAAAAUUACCACACGUAAUGUAUCGCUCAGGAGAACAUGUUCUCUGUGAACCUGGUCUCACUCCUCUCUCUUUCUCACACACACAAAUAUGUACACGCGGUGACACACGUGACGUCAUGCGUGAAACAGCCCCUGAUUCGUCAGGGAUGGGCAUUGUUAUUUAGGUCCCACCCCUCAUUGUUAUAAGAUUUCAGGUCGUUGAGCAGUUGUUUGUGUAGUUACGAUAGUAACGACUUUGAAGUUUGUUUUAUUCAAUCGGACCGGAGAGCCAUAGAAGAAGAGGUGUUGAGUGGUGAAUUAUCAAUUUGUUUCGCAAACGAAAAUGGAAUCAAGAAGAAACGUAUCAAGGUCAACCAGUGCUUGGGGAGAAAGGUGCUACAGAUCCUACUCAUCUCAACCGCGGCACUAGCUGGGGUGAAUGUUUGGUGUUAUGUCACGGCCGCGCGUAACCUCCGGGAAUCGACCCCAGUACCAAUUGGAUAGGAGACUGGGUGGGUUCCAGAGGCUAGAGGAAAAAUCCCCUGCCCCGUCAUGUUGCUGUUCCACAUACUUCAGGUUGCAUGCCUGCAAUCAUGGAUGUUCCAAUUGUGGAGGGUAACGUCAAGAGACUCAUCAAAUGUUGGAGUGAGAAAUAUCUUGGGGUUCAGCAAGGACUGAUGAAUACAAUUCAUGAAGUUGAAAUUAACUACUGCCCAGACACGGCAAAGAACACGCAUACAUCUAAGAUUUAUGUACCAGAGGGACAACUAACCAAGGAAGAAGGUUCAAGUCAUCCAAAGGUAAAGGAAAUGGUGAAGAUCUUUGAUGAUGCAGGCAAAACACUGACAGAAUCAAAGGAGGGAAGUCGCAGCCUUAAAUUGAGCCAAUCACAGAGUGAUCUCCACAGCAAGAAAGAGAGUUAUUACAUCCUUAUGGACCUGAAACUCAAAGUGUUUGAGCUUCAGCAACAGGUGGUGGCGUUGCAGGCAGAAUCACUUGCAGUAUUUACCACAUAUGAACAGUUCAUGUCCAUUGCUAUAAGAAUACAAGCCAACAUGAUCGCAGAACAGGAAGCAACACUGGAAAAAGAUGAUGAGGUAAAGAAGGAGACUGGAACAGAAGUGGAUGAAACUAGGCCAACUGCCAAAGGAAAAAAGAGACGCUUGACUGGUUUGUUUAAUAAAAAGUGGAAAAUAUGGAGGAUGAACAAGAAAGUUUCCAAGCACAGAUUGAAUACUCUUGCCAGCAUACUGAGAAAGGAUUGCUGCUCACAAUCGUGACUUCUGUUCAAGAAGGGCUGACAGAGAUACUUGCAAGAUCAUUAUAGAAUCUCUUUCAUCUUAUGUCUGAGGACUAGAAUGUUGUGCUGUGUAGUCUGGUAGAAAUUUACUGACAUCUCAAAGAUGUGUUCUGCCUCCAUUAUUAGGGUGAUGAGUAGUCUGUGCAUAGAAAAUUGGAUUGCGAUAUGAGAACAAGUUGAACACGUCAGUUUUGUCUUCAGGACCUGCAGGAAGAGACUUGAUGGUGUGAAUGAACACCACUGAGUUGUAUGAUCUGAAGUUUUCACGGCGACAAAGUAUAAUGAAUUCUUCUCAGACUACCAGCCAUGUCAGCUGGUUUAAUGAAGAAAACACCAAACAUUUCGAGAACCAUCUUUGUCCUCGUCCUCAGGGUACUGGAGGAGAUAACUAAAACUACAGUACCAUGAGGAGGAGGACAAGGAUGAAGAUGGUUCUCAAAACAUUGGCGUUUUCCAUUAUACCACUGAGAUAUUCACAUGAUGGUGUAGAAGAAAGAAAGAAAAUAUAUAUAUAUACACGAGGGUUACUUCAAAAGUCCUGGCAAGUAAUUUUUGGGGGGCAAACACAUUAUAUUGAAGAAAGUUCAAAAUAUACAUAUGAACGGGCACGAUGUACUCCUCCAAUUGCCUACUAUACCUACACCCAUUCACACCUACCUGAUCUGACUACGCCAAUCAGAGGAGUAUAUCGUGCCCUUUCAUAUGUAUAUUUUGAACUUUCUUCAAUACAUGUUUCCCCCCAAAAAUUAGUUGCAAUGACUUUUGAAGUAACCCUCAUAUAUAUUUGUUGUUGUUAUUAUUAUAUUAAAGAAACUUAAAACCAGUA